GUUGCAUUCCGCCAAGUGGCCGAAUCAGUUGAAAAGUGUGAUUUUGUGAAGUUCAAUUUGUGUUUUGCACAGCUCGUUUACGCUUCCACGCGCAUUUGACGCGCCUAAUUUUCUGAAUUAAUAUGACCCUCAGAUAGUGUCAUCGUAACGAUGGCAGUGAACGUGUUCAUAGCUGUGAAAAUGGAUAUUAUUUCGCGGCAGGCUGUACGUUUCGCAGUUGGAUAUAUAUUUUUCCUGGUUGUGGCUUAUGGUCAAGAUAGUUACUACUUUCAGCCACAUCCUCAAGACCAGGACGUCCGCAAGGGUCAAAGUGUCACCCUAGAGUGUGGCGUAUCCAACAGCCGACAUGUAGUAUUUUACUGGACGUUAAACGGCGAUCCUGUCGCUAAUACAUCCCGGAGAUACCAAGAUGGAAGCAACUUACACAUCACAAGAGUCGAUCCUUCCAAAGACCUUGGUGAAUUUAAAUGCAUAGCUACCAACGUUACCACAGGCAUAUCCUUGGCUAGUCAAGGAGCGCAACUGAAUAUUCUCUGGAUAGGGGAACAGGCUCGUGUUAUUCUUCAGAGUCCAGAAUCUGUAGAUCAGCUGGCAGAAAAUGGCGAAAUGGUUUUGCGAUGCAAAGUGGAAGGUAGUUCAGAAGUUCGCUUUGAAUGGUUCCAUAAUGGCCUCAGGAUGUUCCGCAACGAAAGAGUCUCCUUCCGCAACAAACGUCUACAGGUGGCAUCUCUCUCUCCAGCUGACAAUGGAAUCUAUUCUUGUAGAGCUGUAAGCGAUGUUGGAGUUGUCGACAGCAGUGAUAAUUUUGCACUGACACUGCCCAGCGAGACUGCAGCACAAAUCAAGGUUCUUCCAAAAGAUAUCAUUGCUACAAAGAACGGAAGUGCAAGAUUUGAUUGCGUCUUCGAAAAUGCAGCUGCCGUUGAAUGGUAUACUCAGACCAAUGAUGUGCCAUUGGUAAAUAAUAGUAGAUUUACAUUAUAUCCUAAUGGUUCUCUUGGCAUUUCUGAAAUUCGAAGCAGUGAUGAAGGAAUAUACAAAUGUGUUGGGAUUAGUGAUAUAAGCAAAGAAGCACCCCAGCAAACAUAUGCUGCAAGGCUUAAAUUGGCAUUUAUUGAUGGCUUUGGUAUGAGUCCCUUUGAACCUCCCGUUGGACAUGAUGAGCUUAAAGUUGUUCCACUUGGAAGCCAGUUUGAAGUAACUUGUGUGAAACCAGGAGGAAGGCCAAAAGUUAGAAUUUGGUGGGAAGACUCAUCUGGUCGUGUCAUAAGUGAUGCUGGACGUAUUCGUGUUGAUGAUUCUCAGUUGAUAGUUGAUGGGGCUAAAAAGUCAGAUACCGGAAAUUAUACAUGUGUUGCUGAAAAUAUAGCUGGCCAAGAGCGAGCAUCUUUAUAUUUUUAUGUUGCAGCUGCACCUACAAUCACAUUGCCUCCAGUCAGUUUACUUGCUGAAGAAGGUGAAUCAGCAACAUUUACUUGUGAAUUCAAUGGAAGUCCUUAUCCAGUCACAUAUGUCAAGUGGCUUAAAGAUGACCAACCUUUGAAAGAGAGACCUGGACAUUCUGUUAUAUUUCUACACAAUGGAACUCUUAUCAUUCAUAAAGUUGUUAUGUCAGAUUCUGCAGAUUAUGUGUGUGAAGUCAUCACAAAUGGUUUUCCUCCAGCAAAAUCUGAAAAAGCAACUCUUGUUGUUAAAGAGCAACUGAAAUUUGUCCCACCUCCUGUUAGCACAAGACUGGAAUUAGGUUCAUAUACUAAAAUUUAUUGUAAAGCUAGAGGUUCAACACAACCAGUUGUGCGGUGGAUGAAAGUGGGACAUCCAUUCUUUGAUUGGCCAUCUCACAUUCAAGAUGACAAUGGUACACUUUUCUUUAAAGGUGUCACUAAUGAAGAUGCUGGAAAAUACACUUGCAUUGCUACUAGUUCUCAAGGAAUAAUAAAUACUACUAUUAAUGUGGAUGUUGUAGUUAUGCCAAAAUUUGUGAUAGAGCCUGAGGAUACUCAAGCUUAUGAAGGCUAUUCUACUAUGCUGCACUGCCAAGCUUCAGGUGAUCCUAUGCCUGCUGUUCAGUGGGACAAAAAUAAUGUCAUGGAUAAUUUUGAUCAGAAGAGAUUUCAUGUGAUGGAAAAUGGGACGUUAUACGUGUCUGAAGUGCAUAUGGAGGAUGAAGGAAAAUAUGGCUGUACAGUUGGAAACAGUGGAGGUUUUAAAAGAGCUGAAGUCAAUUUGAAUGUUAAAAGUGCUGAAUAUUAUAGUCCUAAUAAUGCUGGAAGAGGUUUCAAUAAUGAUAGUGAAAAUACUAUGACUAAAACAGUUACAGUAACUCUAAGUGCAGCUGCUAUGUAUAUGGGACUAGUCAUCGGACUGAUGGUGUUUUGUCGGAUGAGAAGAGCAAAGAAAAAGGCUAGGUUGUUAGCUGAAGCUACUGCUGAAGUAGCUAAAAGUGAGAAUGGAACCUUGCCAAAUGAUACUGAAAUGAAUGCAUUAUCAACUAAACCUUUAAAAGAUGGAAGUACAACAAAAAGUGAUGGGGAGGCUCAGUCUCAUAGCUCAGGCUCACAUUCUCAUUAUUCGAAACGAAGCCGAGCUUCUUAUGAUAAAGCUCAUUUUCCAAGACAAGAAUUACAGACUAUGAUGCUGUUAGGGCAUGGUGAAUACGGUGAAGUUUUUUUGGCCAAAGCUAAAGGCAUAAUUGAUGCUGAGACAGAAAUGGUUGUAAUGGUAAAAGCCCUUCAAACAAGAGAUGAGAAUGCUCACUUUGAAUAUAAACGGGAAAUGGAUAUGCUGAACAAACUACGGCAUGAAAAUAUCACAAAACUUUUAGGAAUAUGUAGAGAAACAGAACCUUUUCUUUUUAUUACAGAGUAUAGUGACUGGGGAGACUUAAAGCAGUUUCUUCUGGCUACGCGACGAGACAAUUCUAGGAAGGGCCCUAGACCACCACCUCUUAAUGUACCUCAGAUAUUAGGCAUAUGUCAUCAAGUAGCAACUGGGAUGGAAUACCUUUCUAACCAGCGAUUUACACACAAAGAUUUAGCCACCAGAAAUUGUUUAGUCACUUCACGAUUAAAUAUAAAAAUCAGCUUCCCCAGUCUUUCUCGGGAUACUUAUGCUGAAGAAUAUUUCAUGUACAGAAAUCGAACAUUGCCUAUACGAUGGGCACCAGCUGAAGCAAUUCUUGAAGAUGAAUGGUCAACAAAAAGUGAUGUUUGGUCCUUUGCAGUUCUUGUGUGGGAGCUAUUCACACAGGCAGAUCUGCCAUUUUCUGAACAUUCAGAUGAAAUAGUGUUAAAAUUAUUGAACAGUGGUGAACUCAGGUGGAAACCCCCAUCUGGGGCACCUUCAUCUUUAUGUUCUUUACUCCUUACUUGUUGGAGUUCUUGUGCCAGAGACCGUCCUACAUUCACAGAUGUGGUUCUGAAGAUAGGACAAGUGACAGUAGAUAGUCAUUUAUAAACUUUAAAUUGUAAUCAAUUUUUGGCACAUUAUUAUAUUCAAGUGUAAAUUUUUAUCAUUUAAGUCAUCAAGAGUAUAAUUUUAAUAUAAAAUGGAAUUAUUCAUUAUUAUAUGUUUUCAUUUGUGAUUCAUUUAUUUAUCAAAAUCAUAGACUGAAAGCUUCUGUAGUAUCUUGCAUUUAAAAAAUAUCCACUGUUAUCCUGCAGACUAUAUGCAAGGUGUUCUUCUUUUUUAUGACCAUUGCAUUUAAUGACACAGAGUUAAAUGCAGAAGUACUCAAAUAAGUAUACUUUUUUUUUUUUUUUUUUUUUUUUUUUUUUGUGUGUGUAUAUGUUCCUGAAAAUGAGAAAUGUUGGCUUAUUUGUGUUACAUAUGGAACAACGUCAAAUUUCUGUUCAAAAUGCUCAAAAUUUUUUCUAGCAUAUAUAAAUAUGUGAGAAAAGAGACAUAAUAAAAAAAACUCCAGGUAAUUUUUCUUAAUGUUAUAGGCUAUUAUAUUUAUUAGUUUCCAUCUUAGUUGAUAAUAAUAAGCAUUUUUAUUAAGUACAUUGAAACUGAACUAAAACUAGUCCAAAAAUAAAUUUUUUCUGAAGAACAGAGGCAGAUAAUAUGUUGUGACUUAUCUCUGAAAACUGAACUAAAACUAGUAAAAAAAUAAAUUCUUUCUGAAAAACAGAGACGAAAAAGCCCACAAAUUUUACUGUGUCAUGGAGUGCAAGAUUGGCAUAGACUUUUUGCCAAACUCUAUUCCGAUUUUGAGGGUGAUUCCCCCGCCCUGGAUAAGAACCAAGGGUCUCUCAAUCCCUCUUCUUCUAGCAUCAAACCUCUGAAGAAGACUUUCGACUAAACAUGUAUUUUAAUUGCUGGCAAAGACACUAUACGCUUACAAACAUCCCAGCUUUCUCUGGAAUUUCAGCCUGGCCUUAAUGAUAGGCAGUCAGCAAUGCUAACCACUAUACUAAUCAGGGCAGCAAUCGCAGAUCUUUGUUUUGAGAAAAAGGAAGUGAAGUUUUAUGCAUGCAGUUGAAAUGAAUGUAUGCUAAAAAAUGUAUAAUUAAAAACUUAAGUUUUCACAUGUAUUUUAAAAAUAUAAAACUCAUUCAUUUGUUGAAGUUGAGAUAAUAUAUACUAAGAGUAAAAUGCUGUGUAAAAAAAAAGUCCCCCUUCCAUUGUGUUUCUCUUAAAAAAAAGUUAGGUCACAGAAAAAAUACUGUUUUUAAAUGCCAAAUUACAUUAAUAUGCAAUGACAACAAUCAUUCGUUAGCCCUCAUGUCAGUUUAUCUUAGGCUUUAUGAUAAUAAAGCUUGAAAACUAAAUCUUAUAUAUAGUGUGAUUUGAAACAGGUUAUUCUUAAUUUUUAUUGCUUUUAUGUAUAGCCAGAAAUUUUAUUUAUGCUUCAAAUUAAUUUUCUACAUAAUUAUGAUUUUUCAUUGUACCUAGAUAGUACAUUAGAACAAUUUUUGAAGGUGUCAACUGUUCAUCCCAAUAAAAAUGCUUUGAUUUCAAAAGGAAGAAAUGUUUUUAAUACUUUCAAAUGAUUGAUCAAUUUUUUUUUUUUUUCAAUGCAAAUGCAAUUAACUCUUUUUCAUUCUUUUUGGAACUGUGUUUUUUCAUUUUCUGUUAACACCUAAUGUAUUGCUGCAUUUCUUUUAGCUAAUCCAUUAUUUAAAUGACUUAGCAGUUCUAAUUAAUCAUUUAAGUAAAGGAUUUGUUAAAAAAAAAAAAAAAAAAGAGGGAGACUGAUGAUGUUUUAAAUUAGAUCAAAUGUUAUAUAUUUACCAUGGAAAAAAAUGUAUUUUUCUGUGAAUUUCUACUAAGUUUCAUUUACAUUCAUUUUUUGUAUGUUCUAAUACACCACAAUUAGCUACAAAAUUAGUAUUUUAUAAAUGAGUCUGUACUUGUUAGGUCAUUUUUCUUAGACCAUAGCCUUUUUAGGUAUAUUCAAUGUUCUCUUCACACUUAAGCAGCAGUUUUCUUCAAUUUUAAAGAAGUAAUGGAUGAUUGUUACUAAUUUAUGAUAAACUGUAUUUCCUGUAUGAGCACAUGAACUACACAAGUGGUCAACUAGCAUGGUCUUAGAAUAAUUUGCACAAUGCAUUUUGUACCAUGCAUGAAAUCCUGCAUUAUUAUAACUUAUCUGAAUCAUAAGUAUUCUUUUUGUAAAUUUAAUUUAAAUAAAAUAAAUGUGUAAGUAAUUAUAAAAUGCUGUAUAGCUUUUCAAGGUUAUGCACCUGGGGUGUGAAAGACAUUAGUUAUGUAAUUCACUUAAGUUAUAGAACCAUGACUUAUAUAGUGUGGUGCAAUAUCUCAAGAAUCUGUCUUAAAAUUUAUAUGCAGUACAUAUAUUAUUGUAUAUAGUAUUUCAUUAUAAGAUGCUCAUUUUUGAAUUGUUUAGACUGUUUUAUAUAUGUCUGUGCGCUUAAUUUGUUUGUGUGUUUAUAUGAAAGCAUCUAAAACAUACUUUUUCAAAUUGUAAACAGUAAGUUCUUGCAGCUAACUAUAAAAUUAAAUGAGAUAUUUUUUAACAUUCAUCUUUUUAAUAAAACAUUUUAUGCGUAUUUUGAUCGAGUGUUAUGUUACUGAUACAUUUUCUUGCAUUUUAAGAUUUUUAAUUGUGAUAUUUUUUAUAUUGGACUGAAAUUUUAAAAUGGUAAUUAAUUGAAACUAUAGUAAAUAGGUAAUACAAAUGUUUUUGUCACUGAUACAGUGAUAUGAAUUCGAAUCUAUUGAAACAUUUGCCAAAUUUUGAUAUCUUCCAUUUUUAUUCAUUAGAUCAUUAUCAUUAAACUGCAUUAAUUCUGUGUAACCGAUUUUAUAAAAUUUUCAUUUUUACUUUUAUGUCAUUCAUUAUAUAUAAAUUUUAUGCAAUAAUAAUAUCAAGAAGUAACAGUUUCCAAUUAUUUCUAUUUUAAAAAGCUCAUAUUAUUGAGAUCCUUUGCAUUUGUUAUGAAUGAAUGUUAUAUUAUUUAGUAGACUUUGAGGUAUUUGUUUGUGUAUGGUAAGAAAUUAAAUAUGCAGAGAGUAAAAAUUAUUAUGUAAUUUCCUUCCCCAAAUCUUGUUUUUAUAGGCUGCUUGUAAACAGUAUUAUUUUUCCAACAUUUUAUGUAAAUAAGAUAAAUUUUCUGAAUAAGUAAAUGUGUUUUAAAAAAAUUUAAGUCACAUUUUUUAUUUAACCCCUUUAUCUACAGUGACUGGCAUAGCCCGCGUACGAUGGUCGGGCCAAACCUAACUUUCACGGGCAUAGCCCGCAUACAAUGGUCGACCCAAAUCUUAACUUUAACAGGCAUAGCCCGUGUACGGUGAUCAGGUCAGAAUUGAAUAUUACGUGGAAUAUUUGAUAUGCAAUUACAGUCUAAUGCAAUAAUUGUGGUAGACGCAAGUAUUAAAAAAUGUUUAUUUAUACAUUUUGUAAUACUUGCAUACUCCAAAACUCCAAAAUUCAAAAUUAGUAAUCUGUAACAGUAUGAUAUAUUUCAAUGCAUUCUGGUACAUGUAACGGAACUUUACACUUUUUACACUCGUGUUCUAUGUGGAUUUUCUCAUACUUGAUCUGCAUACUGAUUCGUUUCGGUUACGAUAUUGUUCCAAAAUAUGUCAUCAAAUAUUAGAUUAAAUAUAUAAAAUUCUCCUCUACUUUCUCCUAAUUGACAUAAGGCUUCCUCUCUUAUGCCAGGAGUCAUUGUAUAGUCCCAGGUUUUUGGAAUAUUUCUUAAUUCUUUCCAAAGCCAGGACUCUGGUAGUUGAUCGUCAUCAGAUGUAUGAUCAAUAAUUAUUUGCCUAUACUUUCUUCAAAAAUUACAUAAUUCGUCAUGUUUACGAUUGCCCAGAUUAGCGUGUUACACAAGUCGUGCAAAUGUUCCGAAUGCUGCGCGAGCUUGUAUACAAUUUCGGCCUAACAUCUUUGAAUCUAAAUCGUAAAUUAAGGGGUUAAUUAUAUAGUCUUAAAUGCUUUUCUCAGUUUAGCAUUCUGCACUCUAAGACUUAUUACAAAAGUGAGAUAUUUUUAGUGCAUAAUAUAUAUUUAAGUUCAGAUUUUCAUUGCUAGGUGAUUUAAUAUUGCAAAGCUGUGCUCGUUUAAAUUCUCUAUAAAAAUAUUUGCAUGUCAGAGAUAGUUCAUUGUGAACUGCUGUAUUAUUAGUAAUACUAGCAUAUGCUCAAAUAUAUGCUCAUAAUAUUAGCAAUAUGCUCAAAAUUGCAAAUAAACAAAUACUGUAUAAUUUUAAUUUUCACAUUGUGUUCUUUCUUAUCUGAUGUUAACAGUACAAACUGUCAGUGAAAUUUUGAACUAAAAUGUAACUUAUGCGAGAAAAAAUCUCAUCCAAGUUUUUAGGUACAAACUAUGGUGUAGUGUGCGAGUUCUCUAAUUUUAUGAUUUAUAUUUAAUGAUGCCAGGAUCUGUUAAUAAAAAUUUAAUUAAUGUGGAGGACAAAAGUAUGUAGGCAUGGAAAAUAGAAAAAAAAAAAAAAAUUAAAAAGAAGUUUGAAAUAUUGUAUAUGUGAUUUUGAAGUAUGUUUCAUUAGCUUCAUGUGUGAAAAUUUUGAUUUAAGAUAUGUUUUCUAUUUUGCAUAAUUAAACCUUAAGCUCCUAAAAUUUUGUCGUGUUCUGUGUAUUUAGUUGUUAUGAAUAUUUUUGUAAAAUGGUGUAUUACAUUUGUAAAAUACAAAUGUCUGAAUUUAUAAUUUAUUUCAAUGUAAAGCAAGUCCUCUUGUAUUAAAUAUGACUCAACUACUGAAUAUGUAAAUAAAUUCUACAUGUUAAUUUAUUUUAUAUUUCUUAAUGUUAUGCAGUUUCUGUAUAUUGCAGAUAAGAGAUGAUGUCACUAGUCAUGUAAGGCUGUAUUGUUACUAAAUAAAAAUGUUCCUCUUUUUUUUUCGAAA